UGGGCGUGUUUUAUCUGGGGGAGUGAUGAAGGGGCGAGAUCGGUGCUGGGAAUAGAGGAAGGGGGGCGGAGCAAGCGGCCCUUCUUCACCUCCCCGGACGACCUUCUGGAAGAAGUGUACUACGACGAGCAGCUUCCGGAGAAGAAGCGCCGCCUCACUCCCGAGCAGGUGCACCUGUUGGAGGUGAGCUUUGAGGAGGAGAACAAGCUGGAGCCGGAGCGGAAGAGCGAGCUGGCGCGGAAGCUGGGGCUACAGCCGCGGCAGGUUGCGGUGUGGUUCCAGAACCGCCGCGCCCGCUGGAAGACGAAGCAGCUCGAGCGCGACUUCGACCGCCUCAAGUCCUCCUACGACUCCCUUCUCGCUGACCACGACUCCCUUCUCAAGGACAACCACCACCUCCGCGCCCAGGUGAUCUCGUUGACCGAGAAGCUCCAGGCGAAGGAGGCGGAGGCGGCGGCCGCCCUGGGCCUGAAGCCGGAGGAGAAGGCGCCCGGAUCGAAUUUAACUGAACAAACCUCCACGGCGACAGUCGCGGCUCUGGACGCGCCGCCCAAGGCCGAGGACCGGCUGAGCUCUGGGACUGGUGGGAGUGCGGUGGUGGAUGGCGAGGGGGCCCACCACGGCCUGGUCGUCGACAGCAGCGGCGAUUCCUACUUUCCAGAGGAUUACCCGUGCAUCGCCCCCGUCGACGGCGGGGUCCAGUCCGAAGAGGACGAUGGGGUCAGCGACGAGGGCUGCAGCUACUACGCCGACACCGUGUUCCCCGCGGAGCACCACCACGACGGUCAACAGGACCACAACCACCACCACCAGGCGGCGGAGGAGGACGAGGCCCAGCUCGAUUGGUGGGUUUGGUAAUAAUCGCGAAUUAUAUAAGGCAAAUUGGAACUAAAUGCAAAAUCUAAACGUAUUAAUCGUCCCCUCUUCGUCUUCGGUUUGCUGCGCUUUUCUUCUUCUUCUUCUUCGUCUUCUUCCACUCCCUCUCCCUCUUCCCUACUGAUCCUGUCACCUGUCACUCGUCAAUUUCCAAGUGUUUAUGAGUAAUAGUAUGGCUACGUGUGUACUUAAUUGUCCAUGUAGUUGGGUAUUUAUAAUAUAUAUAUAUAUAUAUAUAUAGGAAUGGUGGGAAUAAGAGUUUUUAGAGUAAAGGAACUCUCUCUAUGCUGUCUGGUGUUGUUGGUGUUAUCUGUCAUCGCACUGUGAGAAGUAAUGCUUGUUUCCGUUGCUGAUUAGUUAUUCUCUUUGUGGAAUUGUGUUUUUACUGCU